AUGUCAAAUAACUAUGAAGAUGGGGGAGUUUACUAUGAUCCAGACGAAACCAUGUUCAAUAACGAUGAAGAUGGAGGAAUUUACUUUGAUCCUGAAGACCACGAACUCAUCAAAUAUCAUCUACUACCCAAGUUAGAAACGUAUCUACAACCCAAGUCGAAAGAUGAAGAGUGUGAAGACUUCAUCGUGAUGAAGAACGUUUACGAUAAGGAGCCAUGGUUGCUGGACCAUACCAAUCAUCCGUUGUUCAAGAAGAACGAGUGGUUUUAUUUCGUGACAAGGACUCAAGUGUCAGUGAAGAACAUUGGUCGUGGUAGGAACUCAAAGCGGAGGAUCGCCGGGGACAACGAUGGUGGGAGUUGGAAGCCUAACGCUAAAAAAUAUAUUGAGGACGAAGAGAGAAAGAAGACCAUAAUAGGGAAAAAGCAAACUCUAAAGUUCACUAAAAGCGACAACAAUAAGAGGCAGAAGAGAGGAGACGGUACUUCUGCUGCCGUUCCAGGGAGCACUAGUAGCUGGAUUAUGUACGAGUAUUCGCUACCGGACGAAAAUACGUUUCAAGAACUGGUCCUGUGCAAGAUUCGCAAGAUAAGUAAUUCUAAGGAUGAAGAAGUUGAAGCCGUGGAUGUGACACAUGACGCAGAAGAUGGGACUGGAGAGCUCGUUGAAAGAUUCGCAAGAACGGGAUUGUAUGAUCAACAAACAACGGAGAAAUAUGAUCAACAAGAGCCACCAAUGUACGCUCCUUCUCAAUCUAGUGAUCCUCCAGCUAGGCUUGGCAAUAAAUCUCUAUACCAAUAG